AUGGAUGAAUUUCGCUCAUCUUUAAAAUUUGUAGAAUUGAAAGAUGCCGGAGAAGAUAUUGCGGAAAUAGCAAUGAUGUACACAAAUGCACAACAUGCAUUGUGCUUAUUCCGGUGUAAAAAUGACCGAUUAACAUCGAUGAGACCUCCGUUAAAUGAUGCCGAUAUUUUCGAGGAGUUCCAGGCCCGAAAGCCAUAUCAGUAUUUACAAAUUUGCUACUGGAAGCAAAAAGAUUUGGCAUCAGCUGUAAGAAGUGCUUAUACAUAUUUGGUGGCAAAUCCGAAAGAUCAAGAAACAUUGGAUAAUUUAGCAUUUUACAUGGAACAAGAUGGGUAUAAUGAAGAUAUGCUUAUCGAUGCUCGACAAAUGAAAUAUGAGGCAAGCUAUAUGCAAGGUGUCAAAGCGUACAACGAUGGAGACUGGCAGUUGUGUGUUAAUGAAUUCGAAACUUCAGUGAAACAGUUUUUUGAAGAGGAGCAAAAAUGUCGGCAUAUUUGCGAAGAUAAAUUAAACUGGGAAGCGUUUGAAAGUGCCAAUCCGGAAAUCACUAUUAUUAUUACAAGUAUAUAUUUAUCAGUACUGCGAUGUAAACAUGAUUGUGUUAAAAAGCUGUCACGAGUAAAUGGUCAUGAUAUCGGAUUCAUUCUUCCAACAUAUUUCGAAUAUCUUCAUGUUUGCUACUACAAGUUGAAUCGUGGAAGAGAUGUAUGCGAAGCCGUUGCAAAUAGCAUUCUGCUGAAUCCAAGCAAUCCCAUUAUGCGUCGCAACAGGCUCUUCUAUUCAAAAACAUACCAAAGUGAUGAUCUUUUUAAACCUUCUGAUGAAAUUGUCGAAUUUCAUAAGCGAUAUGCAAUUCAACAAUUAUUCUUGGAGUUCGUCGAUGAACGUUUUAAGUUCGAAAACAAUGAGAUAGCUUUUUCAUUACUAAUUAACAUGAGUGGAAAGCAUAAACAUCAUCAUGGCGAUAAUUUGCAGUUAGAAAGAGUAGAUGACCGCCUUCCGCUAGAUAUAACCGUACCUAUUAACGAUGAUUUCGAUUAUUCGGCGAUCGAAAAGGACUUGUUUAGUGAAGGAGAGUGCUCGGCACUAGCAAUUGCGGCUAUAUUCGAAACAAAAACAGCACAACAGAAACAAUUAUUAGCCGAUCUAACUGAUCGAAUUGCAUCACGAUAUAGGGUCAAAACUCUAUAUCAUUCUCUCACUUGUUCUCCGGACAUCACUGUACCGAAAUGUCCUCAUAACAUACUCAUUGUGUCUAUAGAUCGUUCAACUUGUGGUGCAUUCCUAACUGAUCCACAGCCAAACUCCUGUAUUCUUACUUUUUGCGUUCGCUAG